GAGCUGGUCCCGGGCACCGAACUCAAGCUCGCAGCCAGUGCAGCUGUUCCAGAGGCUGUGGCAGGGGACGGCGAAGGCCAAAAGCGGGAGGCAGGGGACGAGGAUGAGUGGACCAGCGGGACUUGCAUACCUGGACCGUCGCGAGCGGGUUCUCAAGCUAGGCGAAAGUUUCGAGAAGCAGCCGCGCUGUGCCUUCCACACCGUGCGCUAUGACUUCAAACCUGCUUCUAUUGAUACUUCUUGUGAAGGAAAUCUUGAGGUUGGCAAAGGUGAACAGGUGACAAUAACUCUUCCAAAUAUAGAAGGUUCAACUCCACCAGUCACAGUUUUCAAAGGUUCCAAGAGACCUUACUUAAAAGAAUGCAUUUUGAUUAUUAACCAUGAUACUGGGGAAUGUCGCCUAGAAAAGCUCAGCAGCAACAUCACUGUGAAAAAAACAAGAGUGGAAGGGAGUAGCAGAAUCCAGUACAGACUAGAACAACAGCAACAGCAAAUGUGGAAUCUGCCUAGGACUUCCAAUCUUGUACAGCAUUCUCCAUCAGAAGAGAAGAUGUCUCCAACGUCUCUAAUGGAUGAUAUUGAAAGAGAACUGAAAGCAGAAGCUAGUCUUAUGGACCAGAUGAGUAGUUGUGAUAGUUCAUCAGAUUCCAAAAGUUCUUCAUCUUCAAGUAGUGAGGAUAGUUCUAGUGAUUCUGAAGAUGAUGACCAAUUCUCUCCUUUGGGUCCAAGGAAAUACAGCUCGGAGCACCCUAGCAUGUCUGCUGGGCCACAGUACAGGACUUCAGAGGCUGAUGCUACUUGUCACCGACUUCAGGACCACAGUACCCUUCUGAUGAGUACUUUACGAAGUGACUUGCAGCUGAGUGAGUCAGAAAGCGACAGUGAGGACUGAAGCAGUAUCAAGCUACAGAGAAAACAUUUGUGAGAUGUGUAAGAAUCUGUUUUGUAUUGAGAAUAAAUAUUCCUAUGUUUAUGGAAAUUGUGCAACUUUUGCUGAAAAAAUAAAGUUGGUUCAGAAUUUUCAACUAUUUGUUGGUAUUCUCAUGUGAUAUCUUCAUUUAGUCAUAACAAAAUGUUAUCACAUUUGGUAGAUGAAAAACAGAUUCAGAUAUUAGGGAACUUAACUUGCCCCAGGAAUUGCUAACAAAUGAGCUGCAGAUCCACUAUUCCAGAGUCUCUGUCCACUGUUGCCCCAAAUUGUGAAAUGCUAAAAUAAUUGAUUUAUAGUAAGAGUUUAUGGUUUUCAUUGUAGUUGUGCCUUUCCUAUCUGAUAUGCCUUAAAUUAUGACUGAAUAUACUUUAAUUCCUGCCAAAUUUACACUUUAUAUAAAAUUGAAGUUAAAUAAUUAUCCUAAUUGAUGUUUUGUUAUCUCUUAUAAUGAAAGAUCCUGACAGAAUGUAAAAGGACACAGAAGCCCUGAAAUUGGCAAGAUAGAUGUCAGUGUUAGCAGAACUAGCUUCACUGAUUUUAAAAAAUAGAGGUGCACAAUGCUCUGGCCACUCCUCGAACCUGUGUGUCUGCCAAUGUUUUGACCGUUCCUUGACCCAUGUGUGUGCCCACUGAUGAAGCCCAUUGCCAGGUGUUUGUGAUAUCGGUUGCUGAGAAAGAGUCAGAAAAUCUCCCCAGCAACCACAGCCCAGCCAAUCCUGAGUUGCUACACCUGCCCCAGACUCUUUCCUUGUACCCGUCCCAUACCCAUUUCUUGAGAAUAGACAUUGUUUAGAUCUGGAAAUCCCCUACUCUCCCCCUUCUCCUUUCUCCCCUGAGGGCCUAUAAAAACUGGGAACUCUUUCCUCUCGAGGUCAACUCCUCUACCCCUGUGUGGGAUAUGAGUCGUCCCCAGAGCUCUGGCUUUCCCUGAAUAAAGCCUCAUGUGGUUUGCAACAA